AUGACUAACGGGUCCUGCUUCUGGCUCCAAGCGUCGGCGCCGGCCGCGUGGCCCUCGUGCGGCUACAGCUGGCUCGUCUCGGCGCCCGUCUCGCUGCUCUGGGGCGUUUGGUUGGUGUAUGGGCUCGGGCGGCUGCGCCAAGCCACGCGGGUCACCAACGGGUUCCAGUUUGAUACGGACAAGAUCCACGACCCGCUCGCCCAAGGCAUGGCCGUCGCGCUCUCGCAGCGCAAGUCGACGAGCAUACACAAGCCUAAAUUCCAGCGCUACAUGAAGCUCGGGGCCAUGUGGGCCGAGUGGCCGUCAUUGACGUACACGCCGCUCACGAUCGCGUUCAAAGUCAGGGGCUCGAGCAGUUUUCUGUCCUCGAUGCUUGUCUCGUUCAACUCGCCGUACGAGGUGGAAUUCGACAUCCGAUGCUAG